AUGAAUUUGAGAGGUGAGGAACCCACUAUAAAUCCAAAUGCGUUUAGUAUAUCUAGACUUUUGAACUCUAAUCAUGAAAAACCAGGAAUUGCUUGCAUCUUCUUAAGUAAAUUUGAUGUGAAAAAAGGAAAUAUUAUAAUAUGGUCUAAAAGCAUCAAUGAUGCGACAUUCGACCUGAACAAUAUUGAAUUCAAAUCGCUGCCUGCUGGUAUUCACGAGCAAACGGACGAUGUUGUUAAUUUUGUAGUCCCCAAAACGUUUGGUGCCAAUGAUACUGCCAAGGAGACAGUUUACGAUUACGGUAUUGCCUAUUUCAAACAGAAUUCAUUUGAUAUAAUUGAAAAUGAUAAUCAGGUUGAUAGAAGUAAAGUCCAAAUGUUUUCUCUUGGUGUAAUUAUCGAUGUCCAAGAUAUGUCAUCAGAUAGUAAAAAGCAAUUUUAUAAGGAAAUAUACCAUGCGUACAGUGCCAAUAGAUAUGUAAGUCAUCUGAAGGAGUUACUUAGUCAAUGGAUAAACCAGGAAAAUCUUGAUAAAUUUGAUAUUUUUGAUAAUUUUUUCAAGGAGAAUAACCAAGGUCGUAUUGCUGAAAAUUCAGUAAAAGUCUUUGAGCAUUCUCCUCAAGAAAGGAGACAUUUGGUUGAGUACUUGUCAUAUUGGACCAGGAAGUUAGGGCCUCUGAUAUUUCCACUUUGGAGAGCGAGCCUCCUUCAAUUGAGGAUAUUAAUUUUAGUUCCUCAGGGAGAAUCGUUUGAGUUAUGCAAUUCGUUAGCCUAUUGUAUUUUUCUAAUAUCAAUGCUCUCAAAAGACUUGAUAGGGAACCAUAUGAGCGAUGACUAUAUUAAACCUAUUUUCACCGUAUCAACAUCAGAUAUACCAUUUCUAGAGUCAUUCAGAAAAGGGAGCGGUUAUGUGGCUACCACUGGUGAGGAGAUUUUGCUGUAUAAACCGGAGAUUUACGAUAUUGUAGUCAAACUUACUUCAAGAUCAAUUAUGGAGGAAUUUCCGGGAAAAGACGUGGAAAUUAUUACCUCAUCUGGUGAACAUAACAAAGCAACCCCCCUUGAUUUAGAAACGUAUGAGAAAUUCAUACUUGGGGAAUUAAAAGAAGAUGCUUCAACAAACUUCAAAAGUAAACUUUACGGGGUGACAGAGCCUAUAUCAUGGCUGCAGUUUUUGAUCGAUGGGCUUUAUCUAUUGACUACUGCAGGCUAUCUAGUGGCACCCUAUCACCUGACAAAAAAUUUUAAAAUCUCGAAGCAUGUUUCUGGCCCAGAGCCUAAUGAUUCGGAAAUACAGAUCGCUGAAAACAUAGUACGUUACUUCCACUUUAGAACAUCAAAGUUAUACAACAUGCUAAAAAGCGUUGUCCAAGAAAGUGAAAAUACUGAUUCAGAACAACCAAUAACCAUUUCAGCUUCUUUAUUAACGAAGUUGAAUUUGGAUUGCUUUAGCAAACAAGAUCAUCAAUUCAUCAAAGAUAUCACUUAUAGAUGGUUCCAGAGAAAGGUUGAAAUCAGUAAUCUCCCAGACUGUUUGAGAAACCUCUGCUGA